AUGGACUACUCGAACCCCUUCCCACCGGGCACAACACCCGAAAACAUAACGCCCGAGCAAAUGUCCAAAGCCAUGAAAAUGAUGGACAUGCUCUUCAUGGGCGCGUCAAUGGGCGGCGACAACCACCGCGGCCAAGAAGGGUUCGAAGAUCUGCUAGGAAAGAGAUACCGCAUCGCCGACGACCACUACAAGGACAAGAUCCUGGCCGAGCCGGGCAAGCAUGUCGAUCUGUUGCGUACGCUGUCGAAGAAGGUUCCUGCGACGAUGGAGCGCGUUACGCUGAGUAUUGCGCUGUCGAAUGUGAUUGUGUUUAGGCCGCCGAGGAAGGUGUGGGACGAGCUUGUGAAGAAGAAGGUGCAUGAGCUGUUUUAUGAGUUGCUGAUGGACGACGGGAUGUACGAUGGGGAUGAGGACUAUGUGCACGCGAUCCAUCAGGGCCUCUACAACAUGGUGAUGAUCUCCGGUAUCUCUGGUCCAUGGAAGGACGAAAAGAUCGUACGAUGGUUCCUCGAUCACUGCGCAGACCUCUACGAGAAAUGGUGGGAGCACCGUCACCUGCUCGAGGAAGAUGCGCCAUGGUCGAACGUCUGUUGGCGGAGGACGAUGCAACGCGCCGUAUUUUGCUACGCAGUUGUAGCACGCGAUAGGAGACGCCUGUCGGAUUUCGAGUCUAGCAAACAUGCACACCUUUCGCUUUGGUGCUGGCAGUUCAUACCCGCAUACGAUCCUCACCAUACAGAAACGAGCACCUGCGCGCUGGACAUGAUCAUCUACAAAACCACCCAAGCCCAACAAAACGCCUUCAUCCAGCGCCACGUGAUCGACGGCUUCGGCGCCUCCGCCUUCGUCCGGCGCUUCAAGCGCGAGCUCAAGGAGCCCGCGAUCCUCGACGGCGACCUGAAGAUCGCGAUGAAGAUGCUGGACGUGUUCUGUGCGCACUUGAAGCAGACGCAGCGCGCGCUCGUGCAGCAGGAGGUGCAUGUGGAUGUUGUUGCUGCGUGUGAGCGGCAGACGCAGAGGGGGGACGCGGGGUGUGAGUGGGAUGUUUAUGCGCGGGCUGCGGCGCCGCUUGAGACAAUUAUUGAGCAGAAGAGGAUCAUGUACGAUCUUAUCACGAUGCACGGGUUCGUCAAGUUCAUGGCGCGCGCCGCUAUCCUCGCUGCACGCUUCGCGUCCUCAGACGACGCCGAGCCGAUCGACGGCUGGGAAAAACUCUUCCACCGCCUCGCCCAGCUCCCGUCCGACAACGACAAGCUCGACGGCGGGCUGUACCGCGACGACCUCCGGCGCAUCCUCAAACCCAUCCACUCUUCCACCCUCAGCCAGAUAAAAAAGCUGAAGCCGACGGCGGGGCAGCGGCGCGCGGCGAAGAUGUGGGCGGGCUUUGGGGAAGCCGUGUUCGGGUUUGUGGGCGAGAUUAGGAGCAGGGAGGAUUUGGAGGAGGUGAGGAGGAAGAGGGCUGCUCAGGCGAAGAGUGGUGGUGAGGGUGCGGAGGGUGCCGGUGGGGAGGCAGAGAAAGGGUUGUGUUCGUUGGUUGAUUGCCGCUAUCAUGAUGUGGCGCCGCCGCAUGCGUUGAGCAAGUGCUCGGGAUGUGCCAGCGUGUUUUACUGUAAUGGCACGUGCCAGAUGAAGGAUUGGAAGGCUGGGCAUAAGGGUGUGUGCAAGCAGCUGAAGGCGCAGAAGGCUGGUGCGGCUUAG